AUGGAAUCAAACAGUUUGAGUCAGGUCCUUGAUGGCAUGAAACUCGAAGAUGGCACGCCAAAUCUCAACUUGCGUGCAGCAGCGAUCAAACAGCUCCUCAACAGUUCAACCUUGAAUUUCGGAGAAAGACGCAUACUCAAGGCCCAUUUUGAUGGUAUCGACUUUCGUCAUGAUAUCGUUGCCAACUUUCCAGUUGAGCUUGUUACGGAUAUGAUGGAGUAUCUUGACCUCGAAGACUUUAUGACUAUGCGCUGCGUUUCGAGUAAAUGGCGAAGACAAUUAUCCAACCCCAAAAUUUAUAGGAAGCCACAUUUCAACGUAUGGUCACUUGUUGAAGAAGCGGACCCUAUUGUCAUUCAUCUGGAAUGCCCCUACUCAAUAUUGUUUUCCCAUAAUAGGCAGUUCGUCUUCGGUCACAACCAUACCUCGAGGCCAACCCGCGACGUUCAUGUCUGGAUUAAUGGUCAUAUCCAGAAAUUAGCCGAGCCAGAGUUCGAUGUUCCGGAUGCUCUAAAUGGCUCUUGGGUAAUGCGUCUAUGUGGCUUCAUCUUUCACCCCACUGAAGAAAACCAUUAUUUCGUAUUCUAUCAGCCCGUUGGUGUAGCUCCUACAAACACCAGUCGCAUAAUUGUACAGGAGCACAUAGCAGGUCUACUUUACAAAACAUGGCAUCAAGAUCUUACAUCAAGCGGUAUCCCAAGCGAUAUCCCAAUUUUCGAAGCCAGACUCAUCGACGAAGAUGGCCUUGUUACUCUCCUAUGCGAGAUUAAAACACCGGCUCUAUUUACCUCACCCAGCAGCCACGAAAUAUUCAAAAAUCCAUUAUCCGGCGAACCUCAGCUCAAAUUCACAACUUUCAACAUCAUCACCAAAGAAUUUGGAGAGCUUGCGAACCAUGCCUGGGUUUUCGCAAUGAUUCCUAGAUCCUUGCGACCCAGAUUAUUUUGGAGAGGCCAAGUCAUCAUGAUGUAUUGGGAAUGCGAGCUAUCUAGUCUUGACCCUAGGACCGAGCGAUACACAAAGAUCUCGAUGCCCAAUGCCCAGAAUCCGUACGCAUUAGUAUCCGCAAGUGUUUGCAAUCCUUAUCCUGCCUGGGGAACGUUCGACUACGUUGGGGGGGCUCGUCUCGCAUCCGACAAACAUAGGGCAGCAGCCGGCUUUCGCUUGCCUUUCCUCGGAGAUGAAGAAGAACACAGUGUAUUGGGAGAUAUCUGGGGUGAUGAUGACUUUAUUAUUUGGAGUAAUCGUGAUGGAUUUUGUGUGUGGAAUUUUGACCCAACAGUAAAUUUACCCACGAUCGAUGCGGAUGACAGGUUAUUAACCCAAGCUCACCGGGAAGAACGAGUUUGCAAAGCAGUGUUAGCCUAG